AUGAUUGUAAAAGAACAGUUGUUUUAUGGAAAAGUGUGGGGUUUAGUACGUACUGCAACUGAUAAAUGCUUACUAUAUCAGGAUCAUGAGUUUAUUCAAAUGAUUGAAAAUUAUUUGGCUGAAAUGCAUAACCGUGAAAGAGAACUUAUCCAAGCAAGCACAGCCAAUUUAGAAGAUAGCUCUGACGAAGAAAAUGCUUUAAAAGAUGACUCUGAUAAAGAAAGUGUUUUAGAAAAUGUCUUGGACAACGAAAAUGUAUUAGAAGACGAAUCUGACAAAGAAUAUAUAUUUUCAAGUAUUCAGCUCAAAAAUCUACUCAAGGUCGCUACUAAGGGUAGGCCAAAAUCAGUUAGUCAUCGCAAAGAUAAUGAUAAGAUAAACAAGCACUUGACACAUAAUAAUGGUAAGCGAAAGCAUGGUUCAAAUCAUAAUAAUAGUAAGCGAAAGCGUGGUCCUAAUCUUUGUAGUUACUGCAAAGAAUCAGGUCACAACAUUGUUAGAUGCCCUAAAAAGUCUAUAGAUCAACAUCAAAAUUGA